UAUUUCCGCGUACAGCUGGAACGUCAAGCGUAAGCAGAAGCUGAUUGGUCGGUGUGAAAAAGCGCCUGUUACUUGUAUAUUUUCAGUCUAUAGAGGCGGGUACAGUGAAGAAUUGGGGAGUCGGCGGGAGAUUCGGAACCGCAGCCUCUCAGCAGAGUUCCUAUUGGAUGGCUGAUUAGAUCCGGCGCCUCCUUUGUUUCCCGCAGACUGGGGGCCUGUGUCAUUGAGGAGAAUAGGGAGCCGGUACCAUGGAGGAGGCGCAGAAUCUCUUUAGAGAAGGGGUCCUGUCUCAUCUGGAGCAGCUGGAGACCCUGUCCCAUAACUUGGCAGUGAAACAGGAGAGGCAAAGGCAGGAGCGGAAUUCCCUGAAGGAGAACCGAGAGCUGGUUCUGGAGCUGAGGAAGAAACGGGAUGAGCUAAAGGCUAAAAUUGAACAACACAAAGCAGAGAUCCAGGCAUUCAGUGGACAGGCGGAAGCUGCAGAGGAUCAUGGGAACGUGGCUGGGAGCUCACAGCAGGCACUACUGGAGAUGCGUCUGGAGGAAUUAAAGGGCAAGCUAGAGAUGUACUGGCUGACUGGCAUUAGUGGCAAGCGGACGAAGAAGGGAGUGUGUGUCCGUCUCAGCACAGCUUUUGAAGGAGCCUAUCUAGAUUCCUACCAUCUGGAUAUUGUCCUAAAGCCGUCUGUGAGGAUCGCCAGCCAUUCUGUGCCACCAUUUAUCCCCCUGGAACAGUUCACCCAGCAGCACUUACAGACCGAUCUCAAAAAAUUCCUGUCUGUGCUGUUUGGGCAUUUAAAUGCCUACGCUGGCCGGAAGUACCAGUUCCAACAGCUCCAGACCUUCCCGGGGAGCUUUGUCUCCGACGCCCGGCAGGGUAACUCCUUGCACACCAUCCUUACGUUCGAGUAUAAUCUGAAGCUGGAGAAGGAAACGUUCUGCUUGAGAGCAAAGCUGAUUUAUGGGGGUGCCACGAGCAGUCUGCCCACGGAGGCCGUGAUUACGUGCGAGGAUAAUCGCCCGUCUGUUCAGGAGAAAAUCUCCUCCCACUCAUCUCUCUUCUGCCACAAUCCCCUGCACAAAGCCUUGGACUUCAUCAGUUCUGAAGAGCAGACCCUGAACCGCACCAGCGCCUCCCUCCUGGGCACCGACAUCUUUUAAUCCUCACGUGUCCUCAUCAGCGACCCCUGGACUGGGAUUUACUAAAUUGCCUUUCAGCAUCAGACAGUACAGAAUCUGCAUCAUUAAAGGGGCUGGUUCACUUUUAGUAUGUUCUAGAAUGACCAACUCUAAGCAACUUUUCAA